AUGGCGUCACGGAAGUUCUCUUACCAUCAACAAGAUUUCUCUGCCUUCAGCCACCCAGAUCUUGGACAGACAGAUGACCAUGAGCUCCAUAGCUUGGAUGACAUUGCGUCCUCCCAGCCUGUCCCCCUACUUGAAUUGUGUAUGAAGACGAGCUCGAGGAAUAAGGGCGCACGAGCUCAAAAGCAAUGUCUGUCAGAGAGUGCGGUUGAAGUUGGUAACAGGGCAGCGACUAGUAUCGACCAAGAUCUGGUCUCAACCCGUUUUCUGACCUUUCGUCAAUCCAUAAGCACUGCAUCCAAAACCUACAGAGAUCAGCCAGCACUCGAGAUUGCGGAAACUCAAGCAGAUAGUGAUAUCAUGUCUGACUCAGUCCUCGACACGGAUAAAAGUAUGUUUCGAUUGCAUACACUCAGUUCAUCAAGAUCUCCAUCGCAUCCGUCGUCUGCGCGCCACGCUAGCAGUACGGGUCGAGAUAUCACCGUUCAGCAACCCUCAACUCCCACGCGUGUGAAUAGGUACAACCUUAGUGAAUCCUGCCUCGAUUCUGUCGUUGAACGCGGAGACACUGAGUUUCUACUGGGUGCAACUAGUCAGUACAAACCUUCGGCGCGUCUUUCUCGAUUCUACAAUACAAAUGCAAGCGACCUCGGUUCUAUGAAAGGCCUUGCACCUAUACGCCCUGAGAGACAGAGUCUUGGUGAAGCAAAAUCUGACCAAGGCUGGUUGGGUGCUGGUGAUGGGCACAUUCGACAGAAUCCUUUGAGCUACUCGAAAAGCUCCACUUACUCGUAUGGAAGCUCACACAUUCAAUCCCGCAGCUGCAUUUCAGAGAGUCCAUUCCAAAAACGAGAUACUACCAGUCAUGGUGAUCAUUCAACUCGCAGUAUAUCCCGAGCCGGCUCUUUAUGUCACGAUUCUGCAUCUGAGAAAUCAUGCCCCCCUGCAUCAUCUCUGCAUUUGUACGGUGCGAACUUCGAUCAGACAUACAAUCGCUCUCCGUAUGAAUCCUUGAGAGUCCAACAAGAGCGAUUCAAGCGCGCCGAGUCUCGCCGUAUCUCAUCGGGCCUGCAGUUUCCGAUGUCUGCGUCCCAACAAGCAUAUAGUUCAGAAAAUCUCUCUAAAGAGAUUCUGGCUUUGGAGCAGACUUCAAAGGUCGUUCCCCUCUCACAGACUAGAACACCUCCGUAUUCAGGGCCACUCCAGUCUUCACAUCGUGUUCCCAGUCAGCGUCAAACGACAGAUGCGCACAAGAGUGAUUUUUCGAGCAACGCCGGUAGUGGUCUGUCCGCUGACGACAAGAGACGGAUCUUCAAAGCAGAAGUCAAUGCUUUGCUGAAAAGUGCUGCCGACGAUCCCAGGGACAUAAAACCAGAAUUAGAGGCAUACGAGCAUACAGUUGAGUCACGAACAGCUAAAGCGCCCAGCACUGAUAACAAUCAGGCAAGUUUUCAUGACACCGCUGUUGUGUCUUCCCUUCCCGGAGCGUCCGCCAAUGUUGAAAAGCAGAAAGUCAAACCCGAAUCCGGAAAGGUUGCGACUACUCCCUGGAGCCUACUUGAACGAGCUGCCCUGGACUCUGAUAAAGUGAGUACAGCUAAUAGCUGGCCUCCAAUGCCCCGGUACAGGCCUCGGAAUAUACAUGAAGCAAGACGCUUUGCUACUUGGGGUGAUUACUUCAGCGCAUGCUCAUCUUUCUCGGAUGUUGAAGAAUCUCUAGAGUCAAUCUCUUUAUCUAAAGUACGAGAUGAAGGCAAUGGAGUUACUCCGCUGGAUCUCAAGACACAUGCCUCAGCCUACAUCAAACAGCAGAUUCUAAUAUGCGCGCAUGAGACAAGCGUCAUUAGGGACUCAAACGGGGCAGGGUUUCUACCCUCGGUGACAAGCAACAGCAAAUCUCUAAAACCUCCUCCGGGACUGCACAAACCCGAUGUUCAAAUGGCAAACCGACCCACAUGGUACGUUGAUAGUAUUAUCCAGAAUCAAGCUAGGCUGGAAGAGUCCAAUGCUUGGUUUCGACCGGAUUAUCGUGGAAGUGAAGCUCUUCGUGCACAGGUUGCGUUAUUCUCCGAGGAAUAUGGUAAGCAACUCAAAAACCAAGGACUUUCGACCGAGAAGUGCGAAUCUGCGAAAGAAAUGAGUGAAUUCAUUGGCAAUGCUCUUGUCAACCUGUCUUCUUAUGUCCUCGGGGACCGGGGGCAACAGACUGACAACUUUGCAAACUUCACGCCGGCACCUUCUGAAUGUUCAUCGCCGAAUCCUGAUAAGCAUCGUACCUUUUUCGAACAUGAUCUAUCCACCAAUUGCGAGACGUCUCCCGAUCGUAAAAUCUUCCCUGGUGCCGAUUUCAGUCGUUUUGCCAGGCACCGAACCUCUUCCGGCAACUAA